AUGGGACUCACUUGCAAUCCUCCCAAGCCUGGUGAUGAAUCAUAUGAAAAGUUUUCAAAGGUAUGUUCCUUAACUGUAACUUAACCCAGAGAAACUCACGCACCUCGCGUGAUCAUAAUCAGCGCUACUUUAUCGCUCUUGUAAUUUUUUAAAGGGGCUUUGUCACGGCUGACUAGUUUAUAUGGUUGAUAAUGGCAAUAACGAGUCAUUAUUCCUGCCUCGUACCCAGACGUUCAUCACCAGUCACUCGUUUCGCGUACGCCUCUGCCAUGCGAAAAACGAAGCGCCUGAGGAGGAGGCUGUCAUUAUUCGCUAUGGAACUUGAGAACUUAGUACUUAGUUGUGAAUGACAAAAUUAAUUGCGUUGUAUUAUUCUUUUUUUCAGCUUGUCUCUGUAGCUCAGGCUGUAACUCGUUUCAGGUUUUAACUAAAAUGUAACAAUUUGAACCAUAGCUUUUCACGAUACAGAUAAAAGCAGUGAAUAAUACAAUACUUAGUCAGGUGACGCCUCUAAUGCCUGCCAUGAGAUAACCGAUUUAACAAAUAAAGCUUGUUCCUCUUACCUUGGGUACCAGAGGUUUUUCUCUCGGGUGGCCGGAUCUUUCGGCCCGCGGGCCGAAGCCACGAGUGGCGAUAAAGAUUUGAAAAAGCGGAAGCUGUGUAUGAAAAGUCUCUGGCACGCAGGAUAGGUUUCCAUUGAUUCUUUUGCCCAAACAAAACGUCAGAUUCGAGUCUUACGCAAGUAAAGUUUGCAAGUACUGAAGUCGCUAAGGGACUAGGUCGGGUAAACAAAAAUUUCUGUUUUCUCCUGGAACAUUCGGCAAUCUUCUUAUAAAUGUAUAGAAAAUGAUCUUUAAUUGCGACGCACUUGGGAAAUCUAUAGAGGUGAUUACCUUCAUUAUUCCCAUAUCUUGCCUAGACGGUAUUAUUUUGUGUUUUAUCUGUAUUACAGGAAGUAACAUCCAUCAAGGAGUCUUACAGGAAGAAAGCAAAGAUGACAACGGAGGUUCUUAACUCAAUGGAAAAUGUUAAGUGUAACGAGGUGGCAGGUGCAAUGUAUGCGUUUCCCAGGAUAACACUUCCAAAGAAAGCUAUCGAGGCAGCCAAGGUAUCAUGUCCUGUUUCCGGUCUUGAUUUCUAGAGCCGCACUGCAGAAUACUGUCAGUAAUGGAUAUCCUAGGUGUACGGUAAUCCGAAUUCCGGAACCCGGGAAUUUCUUUCUUGUAGACUGAUCCGGAAUCAGUUCUGGUGUUUGAAAUUCGGAAUUCAGACCCGGUUGUUCAAAAGAUGAAUAGCGUUAUCCACCGGAUAAAUCACCAUCCAGUGGAUAUAUAAGUAUCAGGGAAACCAAUUGCACUAUCCACUAGAUAGAGAUUUAUCCCGUGAGUAGCGUUAUCUAUCUUUUUAACAGCUGAGGCCUGUUCUAUAUUUGAAGUCAGGAAUCUCGCUAACGAUUGGAAUCUGGAAUCCACGUUUCAUGGACAAGGAAUACUGAAUCCAGUACCUGCCAUCCGGGAUCUACAGCAUAAAAUCCGGAAUCCACAACGUGCGAUCCAGAAGCCAAGAUUCUCGUUGAUGCACCUAAUAUUAGAGGAAUGCCAACCCGUUUCCCGCCGUGUCAGUUUUCAUAAAAGGCGUUCUUCGGUUAGAAAAAGUGAAAAGGACGCUAUAGGCUCCCAUCUUAUUCAGGCUGCUGAUAAUGUCCCGCGAAGAUUAAAAUUUCACUUUCUCAACUUUCCAUAUUGCAUUGCUAACUUCCAUAUGUCGUAUCGAUCUAGUAACAGCUCCCAGUAAAGGCUUCAUCGAGGGAUUCUUGGAAAUACAGAUAUUCCCCUUACAAGGAAAGUAUGUAUGUGGUCUGUUUGGUGAGCGAAGUGAAAGGAUUUUGGGUUGGACAAAAGUAAUGUGUAGAUAUUUUUUGAGUUUACUGAGUUGUUUAUAUUGUCAUUGUUAUUUAGGCCAAGGAAAUGCCACCAGACGAGUUUUACUGUUGGCAGGCGCUGGAGAAAACUGGAAUUUACAUGAUUCCUGGCCACGUUUUUGAUAUGAAAGGCAGCGGUAACGACUUUUACUACAGGUAAGAUUUGAAUUAACAAGGGCCAUCAACUUCAGGUUGGAAUUUUGAUGAUUUUAAAAACCUCUCUGUGAUAUCAUUUUCGCCCUUAUGUCACAAGGUUUUCACAGGCUUGUCUAAUAUAUUUAGAUUGAUUAGAUUGACUGCACCUUUAAAUUUGAAGAGACCCCUCUUUUCCCCCCAACCCCGAAAAAAUCUGCCUUUGUACCACAGGAACACCAAAUUAGGAUCCGUUCUGACGAACGCAAUAAGGGUAUACACAGAUCGGCCCAUAGCCGGGGUGAUGGGGGCUUAGUGGAGGGCCUGCAACUGGGAUAAAGUUGGUGUUUACAAAUAGAGGGGCUUACAACCGGGAUUAUACGGUAUGGACCAGAGCUUAAACUUACGUGGGAAAAGGCGUCCUAAAAGCGACUUGUCUGUAAAAGCGACGUUCUGUCACCGUGUGAAAGUCUGAUGAAAUUGGACCAAGUUUUAUCUCCACAUUAUGGGUUAAAAUAAUCCCAGACGUUUUGAUUUUUCAGUCCCACUAUCCAUACGAAGGAAAUAACUUAAAACGGUUUCAUGUUUUAAUCUUUCUUGGUAGGAUCACUAUUCUUCCUUCUGAAGAGACGUUUGCUCCAAUGUUUGAGCGACUAAGAACCUUUCACCAAGAAUUCAUGGUGCAGUUUAAGGACACGAACUGA